AUGUCGAGUUCAGAAACUACAGACCUGGAUGCGCUAGAAAGUUCGGAGUCGGGCUCGUCGGCUACAGACCUGGAUGCGAUAGAAAGUUCGGAGUCGGGCUACAGUGGCUCCUCGGACGAGGAGUAUUCAGAGUACAGCCAGUGCUUCGACUCCAGCUCCAGUGAUGUGGAUUUACCGGACUGGAAGGAGGCUUGUGCCCGCACCAGGCGCGACCCCUACAAGAGGCAGACACUGAACACGAAGCAGCGAGAGUACAUCCAUGGGUGGGCCAACUCUAUGUUGUGCCGUACUGGAAUGGUGCAAAGGGUGAAACGCUUUCUGAAGUAUGAUUUCCCUGUGAUGUCGGAUUGUUCGGGCGCGGAGGGCGGCAUUCUGGCUUUGCAGGCCUUGGGAGUCAAGGUGGACCACGUCUCCAGCUCGGAGAUCAACUGUAUAGCGACUGAUUGGAUCGCUCGGUUCAGUGUUUUGCGGCACGAGUCUGAUCUUCUCGGGGAGAAGGCCGCGGAGCCAUUCUACGCCAUCGUGAAGACCAUCGGCGAGCUACGGGUUCCCCUGUAUAUCCUGGAGAAUGUCAUGGGCAUCAAACAAUGCCUCGGGGAAGUGAAAGCUGAGCUAAGCAAACUGAAAGGGUAUGUUCAUGGAAUCCUGGAAAUUGACAGCAAAGCCAUCGGCGACGUUGUGAGCAGACCACGAAUGUACUUUAUCGGCCUCCACAGGACCGUCACAGCCCCUGGAAUCACUUCGGAUGCGAAGCUACAGAAUGCCCUGGACUGCAUCCUCGCAAAGGCUAAGAAGAACUGCACCCCACCAACGCCUUGGCAUGAGCUGCUACUGGAUGAUCCGGUCCAAGAGGCGCCAAUCAAGAGGCGGAAGCGAACCAACUUCGAUUUGCGGUAUGAGAAGCUCGGCCUUGCAUCUGAUUAA